UGCUGGCUGCAAUGUCAGAUCGAAGGUCCAAUAGAGUCUACAUAGAUAUAAAACAUUUAUUCCUCAUUCAAGAACUGUUGGUGAUCCCGACAGCAAACAUCAAUAAUGAUUAUACGAACGGAUUGUGUCAUAUUUGUCUUAUGUUUUCUCUGUUUUUGUGACGCGAAAAUUGCACCGGACUUUAUCCAUCCGUGCAACGAAACAAGCAGAGAAUGUCUUGUCAAGUCAACACAGGAAGCUAUUCCCGAAUUCGUAAAAGGCCUUCCUGAGCUUGGAGUGCCCUCGUUGGAUCCCUUCGUCAUUGAGAAGUUAGCAAUUCCUCUAACUGGACUGAAAGUAACUUUUUAUCAGGGGAAAGUGUCCGGCUUUAGAAACUGCAUCGUUGAUAAUGUAAUCUCUGAGUUAGAGAAGCGACACUUUGUUCUGGACUUCCACUGCAAUUUAACGAUAAAAGGACAGUAUGACGCAGUCGGGAAGAUAUUGCUCUUCCCGAUAAAUGGAGAGGGCGACGCUAAAGUCAAACUGACCAACCUUAGAAUGAAGGUUGAUAUUAAUACUAAAUACGUAAAAGAUGCCAAAGGAUUGAAUCACUUUGCACUAAGGAACUACAAAUACACGUUCGACUACGGGGACAAAAUGACUUUCGACUUGCAGAAUCUAUUUAAAGAAAGCAAAGAAUUAAGUGCCACAGUUUUGAACUUCCUCAACGAAAAUUGGAAAACAGUAGCCGAAGAAUUUGGGAAACCCAUAGUAGACUAUGCAGUUGACUUAGCUAUAAGAACUAUUGAGAAAUUCUUCGUCGCUGUGCCGUAUGAAGAAUUAAUCAAUGUGCCCAUACCUCAAAAUUAAUAUUUAAGCGAUUCGGUUGAUUAAA